GUCUGUGUGUGUUGUUUCAGCCAUGUCCGCAGUCAAAACGAGCGUCAGACUGCUCGCGUUCGCCGCACUCGCCGUCCUGGCCCUGCUGCUGCUGCGGCACUGGAUGGCCACCAAGCAGUACGUGUUCAACAAAGACGACGUCGCCAGGUUGGCCAAACAGUACGCAGGACAGGACCACGAGCAGGCCUUCUCCAAAGUAGUGGUGGAGCUCAGGAAAAGGUAUCCUGGCCACAUCCUGCCAGACGAGGACCUGCAGUGGGUGUUUGUGAAUGCUGGAGGCUGGAUGGGCUCCAUGUGUCUGCUCCACGCUUCGCUUACGGAGUACUUGCUGCUGUUUGGUACCGCGCUGGAAACAGGAGGACACUCAGGUCGUUACUGGGCUGAGAUUUCUGACACCAUCAUCUCCGGCACUUUCAGACAGUGGAAGGAGGGGACAACCAAGAGUGAAACAUACUACCCUGGUGACACCAUCGUACAUGGUGUAGGCGAGGCAACGUCAGUCCAGUGGAGCGCGGGGACGUGGAUGGUGGAAUAUGGCAGAGGUUUCAUCCCCUCCACACUGGGAUUCGCUCUGGCUGACACCCUGUUCAGCACCCAGGACUUCCUCACAAUGUUCUACACCGUGCGUGUCUACGUCAAGGGUCUGCUGCUGGAGGCUGGUACACUUCUUUCAGACGCCGGAGUCUUCUGAGGUUGCCUGAACCCAUCAAUCACCAUACGGGCUUUCCAUGAGAGACAAAAUAUACUGUAACUACCCAAAACUGGAGUUAAUCAGUUUACGUACGGCGGCAUCAGUAGCAGUGUGUUCUCAGAUGGAUGGCAAAACAAAAUGAUGGAUAGAAAACCUUUUACUAUACCUUGAAUGCUAAGGAGUGGAGGUGCAAUUUACUUUAAGGUAAAGAUGGAAACUGACACUACCAGAAGAAAUAAAUGUUUUUGAA